AUGCCUGUCGACACGAAAAUCAUUAAGCCAUUUGGAAAGGUCACGAAGAGCUUGAUUAUUGGAAAGGGGCCCAAAAACAUAACACUUGAAACGUUGGACCCGCAUAAAUUGCGAGAUUUGUUAGCCAAAGAAAAGGUUGCUAAGAAGGGAUCAAACAUCGUUUUUAUCGACUGCCAAAGCUUUGCUGAUAAGGGUAACACUGGCAGUCAAAUUCAUGGUGCUAUUCAUAUCGACAUGGUCGGGGCUCACUUGAGCCAAGCCAAGUUCAAUGCCGUCAUCAAAGCGAAGCCCGAUGUGUACAACAAGAUCGGUGGGGCCGAGCUUGUCGUGAUCUACUGCUCCUACGGCUCGCUACGCUCUCCAACCAUCAUGGCCCUUUAUGAGGAUGCAGUAUCUGACGUUGACACUCGUCCGUUGGUAUACAAUGACGACCAGUACGUCUUGUUGCUCGAAGGUGGAAUCCACGCCUAUGAAGCUGUUAAGGGUGAAGUACCUUAUCUGGAAAAAUACGUCGGAAUGCACAAUGGAAAAGCAAAGACCGUCUCAUCAGGAGGCUCGGGCAAGCUUCCCCAGCUGUCUGGUGAUGACCACUGUGAUAUCUACUAA